AUGCACUCGCAUACGCCUAUCAGCACAGUUCAGCGUCAAAGGCCCGAACGUGCCAUGCCUUCCCCGUCGAUGCUUCGGUCUUCGUCAUCGAGUCAGUUGCGGUGGGUGUGGCGGUGCCAGACGCCGCCGCUAUCAUUGCGUGCCGGUUCUUGUCCGUACGGGACGACCUCCUUGAGCAGGUGCGCUGUCAUGGCCAUACCCACCGCCCCCGCUGGUGUAGCCGCUGCAUCCUCGAGACGCUCUGCCAGCGCGAGUGCAGCGCUGUCGCGAGCGCAUAUCCCGUCCUCCUCGCUGCUGGCAGCUCCUCUAUGCUCAAGCGUGACCCCGCUGUCGUGCGGCGGCUGUGGCGGCAGCGCUGUCCGCACGCCCAAGGCGUAUGCCGCGGCUACCACGAUGAGGAUGGCGGUUUUUCAGCCGGGUAGCACCCUGCUGAAGGGCGUGCUGAAGGGCGUACUGCUUCUCCGCGGUGACGGUGGGGACGGCGGCCGCCGACACAUGAGUGCUUCUAGACCCAUGACAGGGCUGCGAGCGAUCGCCUCGGCGUCGACGACACUUAUCCCGUUUGUUGGCCUUACUGCAGCGUCACCGCUCGCUCACGCCAUUCGAUGCGCGAGCAUGUACAGCGGACGUAGCGGCGUUAGCACAGUGGCGCCUUCUCACGAGACUUCAAUGCAGUCGUACACAACAACCGCUAAGCACAACAGUGGCCAUGACGCGACGGAAACUGACGACGGUGAGACCGUGCAGACCACCUUCGGAUUGGCGCAGCACCGCGGCCGCUCAGCAUCGUCUACCACCUCUUCUCGUCCUCCUUCCACAGCGUCGCGCAAUGCACCCGCUAAAGUCGCUGCCGCUCGUGGCGGGGGCGGUGAGAAGGUCUCUGGUGCAAUUCUCGCGGCUUCCAUCAUGCGACGUCACCGCCUUCACGCAUCCCUUCACUAUCUCUCGAUCUCUUCAGGGGUUGAGGUACCGGAGUGCGCUGGCGGCGCCUACCAUCUCCAAGAACGGCCACCGCUGCGUCACAGCACCGUUGCUGUCUCUGCUGCCGCUGGCCGAGGCGACCAUGGUAGCUAUCUUGGCCGCUCACGCACCUGUGCUAGCAAUGUGCGCGUCUCCGUCUUCCCCUCGGUGUUGUUGCGGCCUGCGUCCGGCACCGACAGCGUUUCUUCAUCAUGUGUUUCCUCGCCAGAUCGGCGGCCGUCAUCAUCGCCGUCGUCGGCCACCGCUACCCGUGCGUCACCAUCAGUGCUGCGUCAUGAUGCUGCGCACCUGCGCAUACAGCAGUACGAGCCCUUUAAUCGCCUCUUGCAUCGCUACAUCGAGCGUGGCCACGUGGCAUACGCCACGCAGCGACUCCUUCACCACCCCAAUGCCCCCGCGCCGGCCGUCCUCCUUGACAUGAUCCUGCGGCACCGGGUCCCCGCAGCGUCGUUUGUAUGUCAGGCGCUGCUUGCCACGAUGCACACGACCCGCCGAGACCGCAGCACGGCCGCCGCCGCGGGCUUCGCGCUGGACCGCGUUGCGGUGCGACUGCGCAACGACGAGAAGGCGCGCGUGCUCUACCAGACUCCCCAGGUGCGGGCGCUGCUACUGGAGGCGACACUGCAAGAGUCACUCUUCGACACCGCUGUCGAUGUUGUGACGGACAUGCCGGUCGAGUGGAUCACCCCACAUGCGUGGUCACAGCUGGUGGUGAUGGCAGGGCAGUCGAAGCUACCACACUCACACUUGCUGUGGAAGCUCUUGAGGCUGCGCGAAGGGUCUUUGUCGACUUUGCGGAGCUCGUCACGCGAAACGCGGGCUUCUGCGCAGCCGGUGCUGACGCGUGCCGGUGAAAGCGCGCUCCUCGGGGCACUGCGCCAGCGUCCACUGAGCACUGCCCCGAGUGCUGUACACCUUAGCCAUAUGGCUGCGACAGUGGACGCUUCGGCGCUGGAGGCGCCGGAACUGGAUGCCAUUGCUGUGCCAGAUGGGGUUCUCGACCCUCGUGCGUGUGCCACAGUGCUCGCACCUGCGAAGAGCGAGGUCGGAGGCGCCCUCUUGACCGACUCGACUGUCGCAGGCGAAGCACUGCCUAUCGACGAGGAGGGUGAGGAGAGUGCGCAGCUAGCGUCGGAAACCAACGAGGGUCAGUCGCCAGCAACACCGGUGAUGGCGUUGGUGCCUACAGGCACAGUCGCAGGUGGUGACAACGGGAUUCGGUGGUGCGCUCUGGGAGCAGUGGAGCUUGGCUACGCAGCGGAGCACUACAACGGUGAUGCAUCGCCAGCUGCAGGUGACUUCCGGGCCUCCGGUGCAGCCGGCACGCUCUACAGUCACUCAUCCUUCCAAGCGCUGCUGGCGGAUGUGGAACGGGAGGGAGUGCAGGCGGGCGGCUCUGCCGAAGCGUCACCGGCAGUUCGGGCUCGUGCGCUGUGGGAGACGACAGCGCUGCGCAUGAUCAACUCGCGCCAUGGCAUCGCCUACGGCCUCGACGCUACGAUGACGGCGCAAGUGCUGCUGCGCUGCGGUGUCUCCUUCGCGGCGCAGGCCUCGCCGCUGCUGGCGCUACAUGUGUUGCGUCGUUAUCUGCACAGUUGCCGUCUUCUGCGCGAUCAGGUGGUGGCGGCCCAACACCUGGUGGAGGCCCAACUCAGUGCUGUGGACGAGCGCUCUACGGGUAGAAUCCCAAGAGCCGCCACCACCCCCACCACGACUGCUAUCGAAAACCAAACACGAUCACGCCACCACAGCGAGAGGGCGAGCUCUGACUUGUACCCGCGCCUCUCCCGCACCGUCAUGCCGCACCCCGCGCCUUUCUUGGUCUUCUUCAAGGUGAUGCGUGAGGCACGCGACGUGCUAUUGCACGCCGUCUACGGCAGCGACGAAGAGGGCGAGGAGGUGGCUACGCUGUCUGCGACUCAGCGGUACCGAGGCACGGCCGCCGCUGCCGCUGGCCGAGCGCAUGCGUCUCUGCCCAUGGUGCAUUGGGAGCUCGUCUGGCACGUGUUCCAGCAGCUGAAUCGCGAGAAUCCGCUCUGGUACACCCAGCUGGGGCCGCAGGAGGCGGGUGACCUCUGCAUCGACGCGAUGGAGGUUCUCUGCCACGGCGCGGACCCAUGGCUGACGCUGAACGUUGCCCGUCGCGUGUCGGCGCGGCACAUCAUCGAUGGCGUGGAUAUGUCGCUAUGGUUGCUGAAUCGACUGGACCCGUCACACCACACCGACGAGGCCCGCGAAGUUGCACGCAAGCUGUUCCGCUGGCUGCUCGUUGACGUUGGCGUGCAUGUUCAGCCGCCGCUGCAUCGCCACCUCGUCCCCGCCGCGCGAACGCUGAUCCGGCUCGGACUGCAAGAGGAGCUGAGCACCCUGUACAACGCCGUGAUCGAUAACGUCGUUCUGUUCACUCCAGAGCACCGUGACGCUUUCCUCCACGUGCUGCGCGAUCUGAUUUGUCCCGCUUGUGCCAGCGUGCUGCCGGAGGGCGACGUGUACGUUGACCGUGUGUGCCCGAACUGUAUGGAGGUGGUGCCGGCGAAGGACACCGACACCAUCCCGAGUUUCCGGCUCUCGGCAGAACAUGUGGAGCGGCAGCGCGCACAGCGCAAGCAGCGGCGACAGCGGACUCGUCAGCGGCUCUCGGCCAGCGUGCGUCGGCUGCAGCAGGACGGCGCGAGGGGGUCGGGCAGCAGCGUUUCACUGUUCCACCCACCACGUGACGCGGCUGAUAUUCUUCGGUGGCACCUUCAGAAGCGCGACAGCACCGAGCAAGGCGGAGAGGACGGUGCACUGGAUAUAUCACCAUCGUCAUCGCUGCUACUGGCCGCCAGUGCCGCCGCAGGGGCGCCGUUAGUCCCCGGUGUCUCCGUGUCGAACGAGUUGGCGCUGUUCCCUGUUGCAGGCGAGGCGGCAAGCGGUGCGCAGGUGCUGGAUGUUCGGGCAGCCAUGGAGGAGUCUUCGCGCCGGCUUGAGCUGCAGCGCGCCGCACGGCGGUACGUGCUGGCGCAGCGUGGAGUGUGCGACGACGCAGACGGCGGAGAUGGCGGGUACGCCGGGUCCUCUGGAGGAGUCCCCAGCGCCACAUUGCGCGUUACGUAUGGGACACUGCCGACAACGUUGCCUGUCUCUGCACAGGCGCUUGAUGCGUCGACGCUCAAGUACCUUUCCACUGCGGCGAAGGCGACGCCGGGGUCUGAGCAGGCCGUUGACGGCGCGUGGGUAUGUGUAUGGUGCCAGGAGAAUAAUACAGAGUGGUGCAGUCGAGUGCAGUGCAGCGCGUGCAGGGCUGAAACGGGGCCGGGAGCGCCGUGGAGGCGCUUUGCUUACACGGAGGCGAGUGGUGAUAUCAUGCUAGAGCUGCGCGGGCGUAUAUCGAACUGUGAGGAGCGGCCAGUCGACGCGAUUGUCGCCGGCUACCUGCUGAUGGUGUACCGACGUAUCUUUCAGCUGCGCGCGACACCGGCAGAUCAGGACCGGCUGCUACGGCUGGUGGAGGUACUCUGUCAGCUGCAGGAACGCGUGCUGGCCGCCUACGUGUACACGCGACUCAUUCCCAUUUCUCAGCGGCGCCUCGGCAUGCCGCUGUCCUCACUGGCGCAGAUCUUCGGCCAGGAGAUGUCGCCCACCUACCAGGCGCUGAGGCAGGAAGACCUGACACGGCCAGGAGCGGAUGGCAUGUUCUUUGAGGCCAUCUUCGGAGCGCAGACGUGCCGAAUCUGCUUUGGUCAGCACGACUGGCACCUCUGCCCUAUUGUCACUCGCAACUUCGCUGCAUCCGAGUCGGCGACUGGGGAAGACCGCGUGCGCACCGCCAUCAGCCUAAGCCCGGAGGAGAAGCAGCGCGCUGUGCUGGAGCGUCUGUCGCAGCGCAUUCGACAUGCAGCCACGUCACUGUCGCCGUCCGACGAGGAGCUGGAGUCCGCGACGUCCUCGUCACCUUCAUCUCCGUCAGUGCUGCUUCCACCAGGAAAGCCGUGCGUGCGGCUUGUCGUGGACGCAUACACGGCCUUCGUGUCCUCGCCCUUCCGCGAGAUCUUCGCUGAGCUACAUUCAUCUGACGCAAAUUGCCUGUCAUUGCUGCUGAGCCGUGUGCAGCAGUACCGCCGCGCCGCGUUCGUCCUCUGCCACGUGCCGCCGCCGCAGCGUGCGAUGGAGGCCUACCUGCGCAUGGUGCACUACUUCAAUGUCACUGAGGCGGAGGCGCUUGCGCUGCUGGAGCCGCCACCGGCACCGGCGACGGCGUCAAAGGGGCCCGCCGCCAGCGGCUGCAGUAGCGCCGGCUACCCCGCCUCGGUAGUGCGGCAUGUCAACUUUAUGCAGGUGACGCAGACGUGCUGCAUGUGCCUUGACGCCCGCCACGCAUCGCACACGUGCCCGCGGCUAGACGAGUGGCUCAAGAGGGUGCAGCGCUUGGCUCUGUCCGGCAGCAGCGGCAGCAAUGGGGCUGCCGGCGCGCCUUCGUCGGCCGCUGCCACGACCUUAGUGGACAUCCAGGGCGACGCGCGCCUGCGGCGGCGGCUGAAGGCGCAGGUGGACGGCUGGACCACGGCGGGGCCGGAACGGUUGCACGCCUUUUACCGGUAUUUGAUCGUCCACAUUGAUCUGCUACGGCCGAUGGCACUAAUGUCUACCGGCACAGCAAAGCCAUCGGCUCUCCGACGCGCCGACUUCGACGACCCGCUCGUGUACGCAGUGAACAAGACGAUAGUCAAGCUGUCCGCGGUUGAGCGGCGCAGUGAGACGUAUCGCCUCUACUCACACGCGCCAGUGGAAUGCGUGUCCGUUGCGACGACGGCGGCAGUGCUGCGCAUGAACGGCUUCUCGGAGGAAAGCGCGCAAACCUUGCUGACCCACGCCUCUUCUACCGAGGAGGGCCCCGCGACUAGAAGUGACAGCGACACCUUUGCUGGCUCUCGCUGCUCCUCUGUGCUGCUGCACGCCUCGCUCGCCGCUCGCACGGCUGCCGUGCCGGUGCGUCAGUGCUGCCUUCUUUGCUUUUCGCCUGAUCACGCCUUCGUGGAGUGUCUUGAGCUGUCGGCGGCGUCGACCGAGGUGGAACGGCUGCUGAUUGUGCUACGCAACGUCGCUGAGAUUGCCUGCGUGCCCGAUGGCAUCGGUGCGGCUGCGGCGUACGUCUACAGCGAGUACAACCGCGGGCGACUCUCGGCAGAGAUGAUGCGGUCGCACCCGGAGCUGGUGCGGGAGCUGCUGAUGUUGACGCGCCGCUGCUUCGCCACGCGCCAGUUAAGCCACGGCGUGCGAGUGCUGCGGCGCAUUCCAGUUGAGAUGGUGCCGCCUGACACCGCCUAUGUCGAUCUCUGGCGCGCGGCUGGCCUACCGGCGGAUGAGGUGGAGCAGAAGCGCGUGCAGCUGCUCGCCCUGCUGGACGCGGAGGCCGUGCAGCCGUCCCUCGACCCGCUACCACCGCGGCGAACCUACACGAACGCCUUCUUGUCGCAGCUGAGCCGCACCCUUCAUGAUGAUCUGUGUCGGCACUGCUACGAGCACGGCCACACCAUCGCCACCUGCCCGCUUUUUCACGCAGAGGUGAGCUUUGGCCGAGACUACGUGGCCGCGUACCGCAUGAGCAUGAUGUCAGAGCAGCUGGACCGCGCCUGGCAGGAGGCGUACUUGCUGAAGCUGGUGGAUUUCUUUGCCACACACUUUCUGUUUAUGCCGUUCCACAUCGCUGGCGUGGCGAACGCGCUGAACGCGAUCACCUCGAUGUGGAGCUUCCGCGGUGAGCCAGGCAUCGCGCUGCGGCAUCUUCUACGCAUCCCGCCCGCCUACCGUCGCCGGCAAGCCUUCAAGCACGUGCUCCACUCCCUGCGUGUGCCGCCGGCGGAGAUCACAAAGCUACUGAGCGAUUUCUACUUUGCACCAGAUGGAAACGCCACGGCGGCGCAGCAGCAGCAGCAGAAGGGCAGCAUUUCACCCAGCACGAGUGGAUACCACGCGCAGCAGCAACAGGAAGUGGUGAUGGCGCAGCAUCUGCUGCUGCCAAAGCCCGCCAUUCGCGAUGUGGCGCGCAAGCAAAUCUUCGAUCAGGUUCCCGCGGCAGUGGCGGCGCUGGAGGAGAGUGAGGAGCGCAUGGCGGAAAUCCGCGCCCAUCACGAGCGGCAAGGUGGAAGCGGUAGCGGCAUCACCGCGGAGGUACAAGAGCGUCUUAGCCAGCAGCAACGCGAGCAGCCAGGCCGGCGCUCGACAGAAAUGAGCCACGCCAGCUCGCCGCACGCCGCAGCAUCUUUUCACUCCCCAGUGCUGCGGCGCAUCAUGCAAAGUGGCGACAUUACUCAGCUACGUGAGGACUUCGAUCCGAUUCUAACCGAGCUGGAGGACGCCGUUGGCAUGAAGCUUGGGAGCCGCCACACGCUCUUUACAAGCACUGCUGAAAUCUUCUCCACUGCUGCUGCUACUGCCGCGUCAGCGCCGCCGUCGCCGCCGUCAUCGUUUUCGAGCUCGACUCCCUCCAGCUCGAGCAGCGGCAAAGGGAGUGGUACAAGGAUGACUGCUUCAGGAGCAGCGCCAUCAUCGCCGACCUUCCCACAGACGCCGGAGGCGGAGGUGGUGGAGGUGCAGACACACUACGCACCGACGCGUUUCCCCAGCUCCCGUCAGUCAACCACCACCAGGGUCUCCACGACCUCGUCCGCCGACGCCACUGCUGGUGUGGCACCGUUCUCAGAGAGGACCGAGCAGCAAGUGAGGGAGGGCGAUAUUUCCAAACCCGUGGGUGCGUCUCGAGGGAGCAGCAGCAGCGAUAGUGGUGGGGAUGGCAGGAGCGACUGUCGUGACGCUCGCGGCUCGCGGAGUAACCGCGACCGAAACCCGCGCCAUCGCAGCACCAGCCAAUGGUCAUCGCACGCCUACAACCGUGACCGCGACGGCCGCUCGCGUAAGCACGACAAGAACCGCCAUCACAACCGCUCUUCAUAG